AUGUUCACCCAAUUUUUCAUCUUCUUCCUCCUCUUCACGCCCUUCAUCUCCACCGCACCACAUGACACCCACGAUUUCGUGCGUACCUUGGACCGCAAAAUGUUGGGUUUGGACGAAAAGCAAGAAAAGUUCAGCCACUUCAGAUUCUAUUGGCACGACGUGGUGAGUGGACGCAACCCUUCCUCCAUAGAAGUAGUUUCAUCAGGGUUGAAGAACUCAAACACGUCGUUUGGAUCGGUGAACAUGAUCGAGAACCCUUUGACAUUGGAACCCCAACUGAACUCCCAAUUGGUGGGGAAGGCACAGGGGUUCUAUGCUUCCACGUCCCAGAGUGAGGUUACCUUGCUCAUGGCUAUGAACUUUGCCAUCACUGAAGGGAAGUACAAUGGCAGCAGCAUCACCAUUCUGGGGAGGAACCCUGUUUUCAACAAGCAGAGGGAGAUGCCUGUGAUUGGUGGAAGUGGCCUCUUUCGAUUUGCAAGGGGUUAUGCUCAGCUCAGAACUCACUGGUUUUCACCCACCACAAUGGAUGCCAUUGUUGAGUACAAUGUUUAUGUUCUGCAUUAUUGA